CCGUGCAACACGUCACAAGGACCUUCAAAAACUCUGGGCACUUCAAAGGUUACCACUUUACCCGCAUUUGCUUCGCAAAAUUUCCUACACACCUCAAUUCUCUCUCUAUCUCUCUUAAUCUCUCGUAAUCUCAUAAACGAAAAUGUCAGAUGCAUACUGGAGGUACAGCGAUUCAAGACAACCCCCUAAUGUUUCUUCACUCGUCGGCAAACGCCCUCGUCCAGAUUACGAUGUUCCGCCUGGACAGGAUCUGGCGGGUUAUUAUUCACGUGAUGAUGAAAGGCUCACUCAUCGUGCAGUUAGAGAUACUGAGUCCAUAAAUCAAUCGUAUGAUCGUUACCUACGUAGUGGGCAACUUAAUCCUGGGGCAGAUUCAGGGAGGUUACCUGGUUAUGGAAUGUCUAGUCAUGCUGUUGAUGACCCUCGAAUGGGAAGUGACCCUCGAAUGGGAAGUGACCCACGAAUGGGAAAUGACCCUCGAAUGGGAAGUGACCCUCGAAUGGGAAGUGAUCCGCGUAUGGUAAGUGAUCCACGCAUCAGUAACGAUCCUCGAAUGACAGGUAUUGGUAUUAUGGACCCUGGUGUGUCAGUGAAGGGACGGGGCUCCAACCUUGGAUCUGGAAGGUCUGAGGUUUCUCUUCCACCUGAUGCUAGUAGUACUCUCUUUGUUGAGGGCUUGCCUGCAAACUGUACACGCAGAGAAGUGGCUCAUAUCUUCCGACCUUUUGUGGGCUACAAGGAAGUCAGGCUUGUGACUAAGGAAGCAAGACAUUCUGGGGGAGAUGCAAUUGUGCUGUGCUUUGUUGACUUUUUGAGUCCUGCACAUGCUGCAACAGCAAUGGAUGCCUUACAAGACUAACCUAUUAUGUGCUGACCGAACAGUCCAUCUUUACGCGUUUCCUGAGGUUAGAGAAAGUGGUUUGCCGUUAUUUAUGGAAAUUGAAAUACUAAAAAUAAUAAUUGCAUUGCUUUUGCUUUUGCUUUUGCUUUUGUCCAUCGUUUGGAAACAAAUGCCUCUUACGGGGUUUGGUGUGUGGGCAGGGUGUGGGAGAGAUCAGAAUGCCGAAAAUGGAGUUAGAAUUAAUCUUGAUUAAUAGACAUUUAGACCGUAUUGCCUAUGGAGAUGAGAAUUAUGAGAGGCUCUGUUGGGAUCCUAAUCUCAUCUCAUUAAUACUGUUAAUUAUUAUAUGUUAAGUAGAGAUCUGUUUUCGCUGUGAAACAAGAAAUAUUUCUCUUCACAAAAGUUCUACAUGGUUAGGGACAAUCUUUUUCGAUUGCCUGAAGUUAGACAUAAUUUCUUGGCCAUGUUGAUCUAAAUAACAGUUCUACGUACUGUCAUAUUGAUUUGAAUUACUAAGAGUUUAGAUAGGUAUAUUUCUCAAGUUAUGGAAUAGUAAGUCAUAUAUGGAACCUCAACUUUUGUGGCUAUCGGUCUGAAAUAAUUUGAAGGAUAUAUACUUAUGUUGGUAGAAGGUUGUUUCAAGUUAACCUUCUUGUUUAUGGUUUUUGUCUUUGCCAUGAAAGAAGAUGUUAGGUUUUAUCAGAUGGGACCUUUAGGUUAAUUGGAGGUUGGGAUAGGUAACUGGGGAAGCGCUUUCUGAAAAUUGAUGCAGCCAAUAGAAAUAUGUUUGAUCUCAGACCAGAACCUGGAAGUUAUUUUAGGCAUAGCUACCUCACAUCUAUCGCGUCCAAUUUUUCGCGGUUGGUCAUGUCUUCUUCAUUGGACAAAGGCCGCAGGUGUGUACAACUAAGGAUUUCUGGCAAAUUGGGUUUGCUAGCCUGCUCUAAGAAACUUUCCAUUAUUCAUCUACUUCUUGUAAUGGCUUUUUUCAUAACCUUCUGCUUGACUUGUGACCCUUUUAUAUCUUUUUAACUGCUAGAGGCAUGCUUAAUUUCCUGCAUUUCUUAACGAUGUUAUCUGUGAUUAUGGUGGUUUUCUUAAAGCAUACUGGGUGUUGAGCUUUUUGUACCCCAGUUCAUUAUGAUCUGGUUAUGUCAGGAAAAUGUCGUGGUCUGCGAGUGAGAAUCAUUAUAACAUGAAGAGAUCAUUUUGUAGCUUGCCAGUAAUUUUAGGGAUUGGGUUGGAUUGUCAGACUGUCUUCCUGCUGACUCAACUAUUUAAUUGGUUUUACUUGCUUUAACCUUUCUAAUAUACUCUUUCACCUCAUCUUAGUUUUUCUCCUAUACGGAUUAGACCAAUGUAGCCAUCGAACUUUAGGGUGAAUCAUCCAUGCAAACAUUGAAAGGCUCGAUGCCUGAACCUUGUUUCUAGAACUUGUUUUCAUGGUUUUGUAACCUUCUUUUCUGUCCUCUUGUUAAACUUUGGAACUGAAGGAAAGGAGAACGUUCUUUUCUUUAAGAGUUGGGAAAAUUAGGGUCAGUCUGUCCCCUUUCCUACUAUCAAGCCGUAUGAUAUCAUUACCCUUGCAUUCAAGUGGUAACCAAUAAAGCAGGUGAUUUGUGUUUUGGCCUUGAACAUGUGCAUAAGCCUAUGGUACGUUCAUAGCUCGUGAGGGCCUCAAUAAACGUGUACAUCUGGACCCUAGUCUAUUUGCGGCGUGAGUAAAGCUCGAUU